AUAUGGCCGUGUUGGGGCCGUGUGUAAGUGUAAAUAUGAAUGGGCACAAUAAUAUUCAUAGUCAGUUAACAAAAUCGUUAGAGAGAAUUUUGGAAGAUGCUUAUUUGAGUGGUGAAUUAAAACUAAGUGGACGCAAGUUGAGGGAGUUUCCGAAACCAGUGAAGUAUGACCUGAGCGAUACAGUUGUAGCUGAUCUGUCCAAAAAUCGAUUCAGUGAAUUACCUGAUGAACUCACGUCCUACGUGUUUUUAGAGAAGUUACUAUUAUCACAAAACAUCAUCAGAACAGUCCCAAAUGCAGUUGGAGGUCUCCAAUCACUCACAUAUUUAGAUUUAAGUUCAAAUCAGCUCACAGAAUUACCACGAGAAGUAUGCCAGAUGCCACUUCAAGUGCUCUUAGUACCCGACAAUAUGCUAAGUACGUUACCGAAGGAGAUUGGCAAGAUGACCUCGUUGGCGGAGCUGGAUGCCUCGAACAACAGGCUCACGCAAGUCCCCAUGACCCUUGGGGAUUGCGCUGGUCUGCGGGCACUCGACCUUAGCAAUAAUCAGUUGGGACUACUGCCGUUACAGAUCACAUACCUCAGGCUGGAACACCUGGAUGUGAGCUGCAACUGCAUAUCUUCACUGCCACUGGAACUCCGAAAUAUGAACACAAUAGUUACGCUUAAUCUGGACAACAAUCCCCUCGUUUCCCCACCUACAACAAUAUGCAUGCGCGGGCGUGUGCAUAUAUUCAAGUACCUAGAAAAUAUGGCGAAUAAAGACUCGUUGCCAGCACAUAGGCGAAUGGACGACACACGACGGUCAGCUAAACACAGUUCUUACAUCAAUAACUCCCCAAACCAAAGUACGACGCAUCAGAUCACUUCGGGCAACGCUACCAUAGACUGCUUGAGGCAUAAGCCAAGACAUGUCGUUGAUAGUGGAUACAGCACCGAUGGAGUCGACAAACGAUGGUCUAAUGAUGGUGGCGGCGAGGCCGGUGGAGGGGGUGGCAGUGGACGUUCAACUCCCAGCACACCUUCCACAUUGUCACCAGGUGCAGCCCUCUCCAGGGCACAGUCGUUAUCCAGUGAGACACCCCUCGCCCCACUCACCCCUCUACUAUCCGGCGUCCGUAUUUCACCUGAUGGGAACAUGUCGAAUGGCGACGAUAAGAGUAAAUUAGCCCAUCAACAAACCUACAGACAAUACAAAGAAGCCUUAAGACAGCAGCGUCAACAAGACAUCUACCGCCCUCGCACGGACCAGCCGUCUCCCGAGCUGGACUCCUCCCCGCACUCCCAAAACCAGAGCCCCAUCCACCAGAAAUCCUCCCACUCCCCAGUCAACGGAUACAGCAGUAAUGUAUCACCUAGUCUAUACAAAACCGCCUCUUCCAAUAGUAGUCUAUCCAAUACCUCAUCCCCAAAUCUAUCCCAAGUGCCAAAUUCCCCCCUCCUACACUCAACCCCCAGAAGAUACCAAAAUCAAUCAACAAAUGGAAACGGUGUCGUUGAAAAACAAGAAGAGAACAAAAGGCCCGUGCAAAAAGUAGUGCCAUCGAGAAACGUGAAUAGUAAGGUGUACUCGACUGUUAAUGGGAACGUGGAAUAUAAUGGACGCGUUAACGGUCAGACAGAUACGUAUAUAAAACCUACAUCCCCUUCAAAAUCUCCUACGAAUACCAUUGGGUACAAUAGUUUAGGCAAAUCGAGUAUACCGCGGCAAGUCAACGGCGACAGUACUAAGGUGUUGACGACUAGUGUGUCGUAUUUAAAAGGUGCUGCGCCAAAGCCUCCCGGCAAGAUGGCGUGGAAUAAAGACGCUCCGGUGGAUAAACUCAGCUUUACUAUGAAGAGGGAGUUCGAUAAACAGAAGGAAGAGUUGGAUUUAUUGACGCAAUUACGAUCGAUAAUCGAGUCGCGCCUGAAGAUGUCGCUGCCGGAGCAGUUGGCGCCGGUGCUGAGUGACGGCGUGGUGCUGUGCCACCUGGCCAACCACGUGCGGCCGCGCUCCGUGGCGUCCGUGCACGUGCCCUCGCCCGCACAGCCCAAGCUAACAAUGGCUCGAUGUAGAAGAAACGUGGAUAACUUCCUAGAAGCGUGUCGAAAAAUUGGAGUAGAAGAGGAGGUCAUCUGUUCGCCCGACGACAUACUGGGGACCCUGCACUCUGACGGAGACGCCAGUGUCGGGCCUCUCGCUCGCACAGUCACCGCACUGCUCACACACGCCACGCCGCACGACGCUAGUAGGGAUAUCAGACCCCACGCACACAACGAUACACUCUCGCACCAACAUAGCGACGACUACUACUCCGGCGAGGACCCCGACUCCUCCAUCGAAGUCAAUUACCAAAGGCAGCUCCGAAGAUACUCCGAAGAACGAUUCAUUAGCAACUUCAAUUUCUCCGACAACAAUCAACACUACACCAUCGAUGAAUCCGAGGAAUAUCAAAACAACGAGAACAAUAACACGGAUUCAGGCAUACACUACUCACCGGUUUAUGGAACAAAUGAACUAAGGAACAGAGGACCCUAUUACCAGACCAAUAGAGUCCAAUUCGUGACGCCUUUCUGCAAGGAGGAUCACGUACUAAAAAGCGAUAAUUUCGAAAUAUACGAUACUGACGAGGUUGAUUUUCCGACGGAAUUGUUGAGGGAAGAGGUUGAUACUGAGAGAUAUGACAGGGGUAAAAUGAAUCUCCAAAUACAGAAUAAUCUGAACAGUGUGAUUUCUACUGAGACUGAGGCUCCCAAGGAGGUCGAGAACAAAGUUCUUUUUACUUGUCUUUGCCUUGGCACGUUCUUCGUGUCCACCAUUUUGCUAAUCAUGUACCCGUUGUAAACUUCUUUUAAACUGUGACCGACGAAAUAAGACCAGAUAUGUUAAUAAAAUUACACAAAUAUUUAAGUGGGGAUUGCAACAAGCCAAAUUAAUGUUACCAAACAUUUAACCAACUUCAGAAAGGAUCUUCAAGAAGGUCUAUCUAUAUCUCUUGAACGUUUUACAAAGAAACAGUUCCAUUUGUUCUCGGUCUGCCAAGCAAUACACAUGUAUGAGCAAAAAGCAAGUGAAAAAUGCAUUGGGUAAAGCAUAGUAAGCGAUUCAUCAACUCAAAUGAACAUCAGUCGGUCUUUUACAUUUCAUAAUAACUUUGGGAGUUUGUCAAGAACGGUCAAGCUGAUAUAUAUUUGCCUUUAACACAGUCUGACUGUGAACGGUUUACGAAUUUGAAACGAGGCUAGUUUUUUUUAAAUGAUCUUAGAACAGAAGUCUGAAAGGAAUUGGAAGGUAUUUCGAAGGAUUUUAUAUUAUGGAAUUUGUAUUAAAUUAUAAAGACAUUUACGGUUGCAAUGGAUUAAAAUUUUUCUUUGUGUUGAUUUGUAUAGAUUUAUAAAUUAAGCAAUUGGUUAUUAUUCCAUUCGUUAUAAGUUCAUUCCCAUUGGAGGCAUUUAAAUUGAUUAGUUAGUUUGUUUUUUUAUAUACUUUUUUUUUACUUAGAUAUUUUGCCAAUUGGUUGCUAUUGUCGGCUAUUAUUUGCUUUUGAUUUUUAUAUAACGUUUUGCAGACUGUAGUUUAAGCUGAGGCCUUAGUAAGAGUUUCUUUUACGUUAAAAGUAAUCGAAACGAGACUGCCUUCGGCGCUCCGAUUGGUUAGUUCAUUGGAGCCGGCCAAUCAGACCGCCGAACGCGGACUCAUUUCGAUUACCUUAAACGUGAAACAAACUUGUACUAAAGCCUCUGAAUGUAACAUACACUUGAAAGACUUGUAUAAUACACAAGGAGAAAGAGAGAUGGCAAUACAUGCGUAUACGCAAGUUCGAAGCUAUUUUACAGUCUGCAGAACUAUUAUUUCCGAGAUCUCAUCGUUUGUUGUGUUAUAGAGUGAUUCGCUAUUAAGUAUUAUUUUAAGAUUGUUUCGCCCGUUUUGCAAAUAUUAAUGCAAUUCUUAUACGUAGCAGCCGUAAGGUUCAAAUUAGUCUUUUUGCACCAAAAUACUAUACAGUUAUACACGUAAUAGAUAGCACUCUUUACUUAUAAAUGUUGCAAUAGAAUUAAUCUACGAUUACAGAAAUACUGUAGUGUGUAACACAGUUUAUAAGAACGUAAAGAUAUAAUGAAAUAUUAAUUAUUGUUGCAGACAACUCAUUUACUGCGAUACUCGGACAUUUAAUGCUUACGUAAGCUAUUCCUUAGUAACGAUUUUGUUCCGGAAACAAUUGCUAAGGACUGAGUUUACGUAGCCAUUAAAUGACUUAGUACGGCGGUCAGUGGGUUAUGUGUUAUGUGAUUCUGAGGUCUUAUAAAACAGUAGAUUUUUAAUGGAAUCUUUAAUUAUAACACGUAGAUUGGUAGUACAUUAGGGAAAUUGAUAACUUUGGGGGUUGUAAUGGAUUUGAGUAGUUUUAAGAUCAAUGGCGCACAAUUAGAAGGGUUUUAUAUGUAUACGAGUGAGUUACUAACUUAGUAAUGGAAUAUGAUGAUUAGUAGGAAGAGGGAAUAGUCUUUUUUAUGGAAGAGGCCGGUAAAUGAGCAGACAGAUCACUUAAUGGUCAGCAAUAGGCGUCGCCCAUGGACACCCUGAACACCA